AGGAAACGCUCACAGUCUACUGCAGAGAGAUUCCAAAACCUACAAUACAGCAAGAGGAGGAUAAACCAGGUCCAGUCCACUUUCUCACGCUUGAGCAGCAGAGAUGGCAGUCAGUUCAUUCGACAGGAGGCAGUGGGCUUCUCAGUCCCUACGUGUCACAGCUAGAGAGCUCUCUAUUGUUGGAACUCGGGGCAAAAAUGCUGCUAUAGCUGAACGAUUCUCAAAGUACCAGAAAGCAGCUGAGGAGAUCAACCUGGACAGGAAAAAAUCCGUGGAGGGCGUGGCGCUGCACUGUGGCACCCUGAGCACACUGAAGAAGCGCUGGGAGGCUGAACAGCCUUUCUCCUCUGACCAGACUCCACAUACUCCAGCCCCAAACAGCCCACCAAGAUCUGUGAGCUCUGUCGGCAGAAACUUCACAUCAAACAUUAUGGAGGUGGAGAGAACGGCACAGGGAGACGCAGAGGAAACCGACAAGCCCAACGUGCCUCUCAGCAGCCUCAAAAUGAUGUUUGAGAACAAGGUAUCUGGGGAGCUGGUAAAAACAGCAGGAAGUAGCCCUGACAAAAUGGAAGUUGAAGAUAAAGCAGUGUGUGAGACUAUGGUGGAGACGACCCCACUUAGGGAGAGAAUGGCCCUCUAUCAGGCUGCCGUGUCCAAACUAGACGUCCCAUCGCCCAUUUCAGGCCAGAGUGAAGUGGACAUGGACGUGCAUUCCUAUAACAUGAAGCAGAAGGAGAACGUUCCCCCAAUUUCACUGGAUGUGACACCGACUCCGGACACUGAAAGCAGAAAAGCUUUAACCAUAGAGAGCAGCGGUUCCAGUAUGGCUACUCCUGUUUCAGACCACAACCAGACUAAAUCCAUCAAGAAGUUUCGUUUGCCGAUGAGGGAGAGCUGUGUGACGUGCAUGAAGACAGUUUACCCGCUCGAGCGACUAGUCGCCAAUCAGCAAAUCUAUCACAACAGCUGCUUCCGCUGUGCUCACUGCAACACCAAACUGAGCCUGGUGAACUACGCCUCUCUACACAACAACGUCUACUGCAAGUCGCAUUUCAACCAGCUGUUCAAAUCCAAAGGCAACUAUGAUGAGGGCUUCGGCCACCGACCCCACAAGGAGCUGUGGGAGGCUCGGGAGGAGGGUGCUGACAGUCCUGGAAAAGAAAAUCAUCCCGAAAACACCAGCAGUCCUACAGUAGAGGACUCUCCACUGGUUAAAGUGAACGUCCUUGCUGCAUCGCUGGAGACGCGAGCCCAGGGUGAUUCAGAGAGAUCUGAGAAACCUCUGGAAACCAGGCGGCUAAAGAUCUCCUGGCCUCCACAGGCAGAAGACAGAGAGGAACUGGCUUCCCAAACCUGUGAGGAUGCUUUUGUCUGCCCUGUCCGCCCAAAGUGGCCACCAGAGGGCGACAUGAGUUCAGUCUCAGGUGAAAGAACCGAACUCUCCAGCAUCCGCAGAAGCUCCUCACUUAAAGAGCGCACUCGUCCAUUUUCACUCAGCACUUCCACCUCAGGUUCCACUGUGGAGAAACAAGAAGAAAGUGAAGACUCGGUCACUCUGCCUGGACUGGACGAAGUGGACGUGGACGCCAAAAGUCCAGAGGAGGAAAAGAUGGAGAAAGGUAACCAACCGGAAGAUGAGGAGCCAGCUUCCUUCACCUGCCAGAGCACAUCUGUGGAGGACACACCACCCUUCUCUCCCCUCAGUGAGGGUGAGUCCAGCUCCGGGGGCGAGCAGAAAUCCUCUCAGGAUGUGGGGUUUUGGGACGAGGAUGAGGAGCAGGAGCAGUCUGUGGAGGACAUGAUUAGAAAGAACCGGCACUAUGAAGAGGAGGAGGAUGACGAAUAAAUGAUUCAAAUUCAAGUUUUUACAGUUCCACUGACUUACUGUCACCUGAGACCUUUAUUGGUGUUUCUUCUGUCCACAUCACUACAUGCCAUCAAUCAGUACAAACAGUUUCAAUUAAUGCAUUUUUUGAAUGUCCAUUUAUAUUGGAACUGCGUAUCUGACAACAGAGAAUGUGUGAAAAAUGCUGUUUGUUGGUUGUAGUUUGGGUUAAUAUACCUGUGCACAUUUAUCAUAAAUUUGUAAACACUACAGUCAGCAGUUUGCAAUCAGUAUCUAUCAGAAAUCAGAACUGCAUUGUGAUGAAAGAUAAAAUUGACCAGAUAUGCAGAGAAAUUAUCCGAUUUGGACUCGAUUUAUUGUCGUAGUAUUUACAUUUCCUACCAACACUCAGUCAGAUGUUUUUCUUCCCACAACUCAGCAUGUGUGGAACUACCACAAAAACACCAGAGCCCAAUUUAUGAUUCAUUCCAAACCACAUACAGGCUAGUAUAUAUUGGAGGUAUUAUGUGAUUUGGGAAACAACUACAUAGGUUGGAUUAAUGAAGAGACAUCUCAGAGAAAGACACGUACAUCCACGGUCAAGACUAGUAAAGUAACGCAUCAAAAGCUUAUAGUCACGAGUCAAAUCUGUUCAGAUGACCUUAAGAAAUACAAAAAAUGAAUAAAUAUUUACCUUAUGAGAAUAAAAAGUGUUUUUCAGUACUUUUUAACUUAACCUCAUUACUUUAGAGAAGUGACAAUGUGAAAUCAUUCAAGUCUGCUGUUAACACUUCUGGUGUGAUGUUAUACCAACGCUACUAUUUAAAAUGCACCCUCAGUUUGACUGGCAUUUUUUCCAUUCUUUCUCCCACGCAUUCACUCUUACCUUAGACCGAGGAGGACUAUAGACUGUCACAUGGCCCGUGUUACACACAGACCGCUUUUUUUAUCCUGUUAGGUGAGGUCCUACAGAUUGCAGUAUUGUGUCAAUCACUGCCAUCUGUGAUCAAGCACCCCUUUGUUUAGGCAGGUCAACCAGCCUGCGGAGGCUGUAACUAGUCGAGCAGGCAUUCCUCAUUGUUGCUGCAUAGUCCCUACCCCCUACAGACACACAGUCCAUCAUGUGUCCAUAACUCAGCUGAGAUUCCAAAUCAGAUCUCAGUGGUGGUGGACUAGUGCAUUAGAUGUCUGCACCACCCAAGCACCUUGACUAAAGUCAGUUAGACUCCACUCUCAUUGUUUUAUCUUGAACACUUAAGGUUAGUUUACAAUAUAGAUGUUUUCAUCCCAACAGUUUAGUUUGAAUGGAAACUGGUAAAACACCCAACAUAAUUAUGCUAUGUAAAGCUUGCUUGACUGUGGACGGAGUCACUUCUUAUUGAUGGAAGGCCUGUUUCUUGGUGUUUUGUGGAUUACAGAUGAGCAUUUGGUGACCAUUUGUGUCGUUCUCCUGAUCUUUGCGUUGUGACCACUUUUUCAUGUAUUUUUUGAAUAGGGAAAGUGAAUCUAUUAUUAUGGGCACAGAGAAGUCACCAGCUCUAAACAAUCAAAAGUUAUCAGAGUUAAACCCCCAGUUGCUGUAUGUGUAUUAAUUAAAACUGGAAAGACACUACAAACAACAAACGUCUGAAAGUAUUCAACAUCCUGUCAGUCAGGCCAGUCAAUUCCCAACUUGCACAAGAAAAAGAAAGGGUGAUUUAAUGGAACUGUUGUAGCUGAAACUUUUUUAUGUCUCUAUACUCGUUUAUUUUCUGUCCUUAUGUCAUUUGUUUCAUGUUGCUUUUAGGUUACAGUUUAAUUUUGUAGAGUCUUUUAUUAUGUAUGAAUUUAGCUGAACGUAAUUAGACCGUUUAUAAAGCAAACAUGAGUGAAAAGCAGCCAACAUGAUGGUUCACGUUCAUCUUCUUGAUGGUGCAAAUGGCUUUUUUUUUUAUCAGAUGUGAUCACUCAGUCAUUCAGCUGUGUGCACGCAGAAUUUCAGACACAUUUUCUCAAUAGAAUAAAUGUAGUUACUAUCAUUGUUCACACAUUUCUUACAUUGAAAGCCUAUAGGCUGUGGUAUUCCAGUAAAAUAGGUGGCUUUUUAAUGCACCUGCAUUUUAAAUGUUUCAUUUUUAUCAAGGGACCAAUUGUAUACUGGUGAUCAAUAAAUAAUUAUUUAAUACAUAA